UCUAUUAUUUCUGAGAUAAUGAAAGGGACGCCAAAACAUUUUAUACAAAUUCUACAGUUGAAACCCGCAUAAGACCUUAUCAAAUGCAAGAAUUGCAACAAACUUAUCACAGUGUAUAGAAGAGUAAUUAAUACGUCGCGAGUGCUUGUGUGUUACGGUCUUACAGUGUUUGAAGUCAGUGCGUGUUACAAGAGUUAUCAACAAACAGUACAAUGCAAAAAUAAAUCCGAUAACCGUCUCGAAUUGGAAGAAAAAUGGCGAAGUUCCUAAAAUCUUUCUUUCAAACACCAUCUGAUAAGAGGAGGAACUCUCAAUACGGUAAUGAAGAAGACGGUACUUUAACGCCACCACUCGGCGGAAGACGGAAGCUCUCUAUAUCGAGGUCGGGUAGAAUGAAACAGAGUAACAAAAAGAGACAUUCUAUAUCUUUAGACUUGUAUGGCGAGAAUCUCCAGUCAACAGAAAAAACAAAGACGGUGGAAUACCACGUCAAUACGCCAGUGAACCAAUCAGUUAAAAAUGAUCUCAAACAAGAAGACAAAACUCAGAGGCGACACAGUAUGGAAGUGCGGACACCUGAGGAAGAAAUAGAUAUAGCUUUCAAUGUCAUUGAUAACACAUAAGAUAUGUUGUCAAGUACGUUUGUGUAGCGCGACAAACUUAUCUGGCCCGGUGGAUAAUUAAACAGACGCCCUCCGUUGCAAACGAUGCAACAACAUACCUAGUGUAACUGUCUUUUCUGCUGUCACUUUAUUUACCAGUAUUAUACAAUAUUAAUGAUUUUAUUAAAAUUUCACCAAACAUAAUUACUAAAUAAUAUACGACUAACACGUUAGUUAGUUUGAAACCAAAUAAAAAAAUCUCCCUGAAGAUGGACUCCCGACGUGUCCGAAAUCAGUUGGUGUCGCAAUCGGAAAAUUAGACGUACGUCUUAACCGUAUAUUAAUUAGUUUUUUAACGAUUUCGAGUGCGGCUGAAUGAAACAUAUUUUCCAUCUGAAUUAAUCACUUUGUUGGGCCAGAUAAGUACACUGAAGUAUGUUGUCAAGUUAGUUUUUAUUGUAAAAAAUAGACCGAUGUUGUUAUAACCAGGAUUUUUAUCACAAAAUCUUGUGAGUUUAAAAUUUUGAAAUGUUCCAAAACUAUCACGACUAUGCUAUCUCAAGGUAAUUGAGAUUUCAG